UAUGUCAAGCCACACUUUCAUCUAUUGCUUAGUUCGGUUAAGCAGAAGACGCGUUGACUUACAACUCCAAAAGUCAUGCUUGUGCACAGUAUCUGCCUCCAAGCUCUGUUUCUUCACAUAAUCAUAAUCAAAUCCAUCAAUCUAAGAUCCAGUUCCAGAAUAGCAAUUGAUUGAAGAAUCAAAUCUUGUAGUUCAGUUUAGAUCCAAAAGCCCCAACAAAUGGCUGUAGAUCCCUUUUCAGAACCCAUUUCUAAGCUAUCUGAUACCGUUUUAUAUGUCAUAAAAACAACAUCCAAUUUUAAACCCCAACUGAGGCAACUCACAAAAACCUUAGACACAAUAACACCAAUCAUGGUUGACAUACAAAACCAGAAUCGGAAACUAGACCGUACACGUUCAGAGCAAGACAUGUUCAUGAAAGAUAUCGAAGAUGCCAAAAAACUUGUUGAAAAAUGCUCCAGAAUCAAGUGGAAUCUCAUCUUAAAGUUCACCCACUCGUUGAAGCUCAAAGAUGUUAGCCAGAAAUUGCUAAAUUUCUUUCAGGUUGAAGUUCAGGCGGAUCAGUGGCGGGAUAUCAAGAAGGUGCUGGUAGAAGUGGAUUCCGUAAAUGAAAGAUUAGCAAGUUUAUCUCUGGGGUUGAGUAGUGGUUCUAUGCGUAUGUCUAUGAGAAGAUGUGAAACCGCGGAACGAAGAAGAUUUGGUUGGUUGGUUCCGCCGCUUCCUAAAGGCAUUGUCGGAUUCGACGAGCCGCUGAACAAGCUUAAGGCUAAGAUUCUUGAAGGUAUUAAUGUUCAUGAUGUGGAUGAUGAUGGAAGUGCAAUGGAUUGUGAUGAUGGAAGUGAAAUGGAUUGUGAUGAUGGUUGUGGUGUUGGUAAUGUGGUUGUUGUUUCGGGUGUCGGUGGAGAUGGGAAGACCACUUUGGUGAAAAUGCUAUGCAAUGAUCAUGAAAUUCAAGCAAAUUUUGGGGAGAAUAUUUUCUUUGUGACUGUUUCAGAGGAAUUUGAUUACAAGGUAAGUGUCAAUGGACUCUUUAAUCCAAGUCACUUUGAUCAACAAGGUAAGUUUCAAAGCACUGAAGAUGCAAAGAACGAGUUGGAGAACUUUUUGCGUGAGAAAGUAUUAGGUCCUAUACUUCUAGUGUUAGAUGAUGUUUGGCGUGAAUCCGAUAUUAAAAACUUCGAAUUUGAUAUUAAAGGAUACAAACUUUUGGUCACUUCUAGAAUGGUCUUUACGAAAUAUGAUGUGUUCAAAUUUGAUCCUUUGAGUGACGAAGAUGCGAAGAUUCUCUUUUGCCGCUCUGCGAAACCUAAUCCUACAAUCGACAAGAAUCUUAUCAAUCAGAUGGUGAAAUGUUGUAAGAAACACCCGCUUACCCUUUCUGUAGUUGGCGGUUCCUUAGAUGGGAAAAAUGAGGUGCUCUGGAGAUCUAUGCUUAAGUCAUUGUCUCAAGGUCAAUCACUUUUAGAUCUAAACAAGGAAAUACUCAAUCGCCUGGAAAGAAGCUUUGAGACCUUGGAAGAUAAAUUCAAACAAUGUUUCUUGGAUUUUGGGUUAUUCCUAGAAGAUCAUAGGAUCCCGGCUAGUGCUAUUUUGGAUAUGUGGGUGCACUUGUACAAUCAUGACGAUGAGGGCAUCGACACCCUUGCAAAGAUCUACGAACUAUCCUACAGAAAUCUUGUCAAUGUUUUGGCCAGACGUCCCAGGGAAGAUCCAUAUGCACCGGUUAACUAUUGUGAGCAACAAUUUGUCACACAACACGAUUUGCUCAGGCAACUUGCUAUUAACUUGAGUAGCAAACUACCAGUAGCAAAGAGGCGAAGAUUGAUUAUAACCGAACAAAAUGACCAGCUAGUUACCAAUGUUCUUGGAGAAGACCAGGUCACAUCAGUUGAGCAACUGCAAGAACCUAUGCAAGCCCGCGUAUUAUCUAUUUCUACAGGAGAGUCAUUCUCCUCGAGAUGGUGCGACAUGAGAGUUCCUGAGGUUGAAGUUAUGGUGCUAAACCUAAAAUCAAAGACCUACACUUUACCCCACUUCUUGAAGGAAAUGCAAAAAUUGAAGAUUUUAAACGUCACAAACUAUGGUUUAUACCCGACAGAAUUUAAAAACUUCCAGCUUCUUGGCUAUUUAUCCAAUCUAACAAGGAUUAGGCUCGAGCGUGUUGCAAUAUCAUCGUUGAGUAGAUCCACUUUGGAGCUCGUAAACUUGCAGAAAGUAUCAUUCAUAAUGUGCAAAAUGAGAAACGCUUUUGAGGACAGUGACAACCUCAAUGUUUGGCCAAGUCUAGUUGAAAUCGAGAUGGAUUAUUGCCAGGAUUUAGUGAUAUACCCGCAGAUAUUGUGUAGAAGUGUCUACCUUAAGAAGCUAAGUAUCACAAACUGCAACGAGUUGUGUAAAAUUUCUGAAAAAUUCGGUAACUUGACUGGUUUGGAAACACUGAUUCUUCAUUCAUGUACACAACUGGAAAAGCUACCUGAAUCAAUCACACGUCUUCAAAAUCUAAGCAUCCUCGAUAUUUCGGAUUGUUUAAACUUGACCAAGUUGCCAGAAGAUAUGGGAAGUUUAGGUGGUCUAAGAACAAUUUGCAUGGCGGGUUUUACAGGAGUUCAUGAACUGCCAGCAUCUGUUAAGGAGCUAUCUAACACGAAAGUCGUAUGCAAUGAAGAAGUAGCAUGCCAGUGGAAGGAGUUUGGCAAUGUGGAGAUAACCGUGGUGGAAGAAGAUAGAACAGCAACCCUUGAGAGAAUCAUCUGUUAGGAAUGAUCACUGGUACCUAUCUAUCCUUGACAUUGUAUGUUCUUGAAAAUGAGCGUGGAUAACAUAUUUGAUUGUUUGUACCACCGGGACAAAAGGAUUGUUAUAUGGUUUCUGAAUAUUGCUUUCGAGAUUCAUGUAAGUUGUUCGGAAUACAAGAUGUGGCUUAAAGAUUCCUAAA